UUACUGUGAGUUUGGUCUGUCUUUUCUUUUCUUUUCUUUCAGAUGAUAAAGGACAUAGGGACCAUGCUGAUCUUCAGAUGAAAGAAGACUUGCUUUAUUACGCUUCUACUCAUGACCCUCCGGCUCCGAUCUUCAUCAUUGCAUCUGAUAAGGAUUACGUGAAAGCGAUCGAAUGUUUACAGAAACACAACUAUCGAGUUCUUUGUUGCUUAACACACCUUCCAACGCUGGCCCUGAGAUCAAAGCUUUACCGAAUACCGAACAAUGGCCAGAUCUCCUCAAAGACCAAGACGCAUCUGAUGAUGCAGCCAUAGUUAGCGCUCUAGGCCUUUCCCCUCAAAGGAGACCUCUUUCACCGGUGCCUCAACCUCCUAAUGUUAAGGUUUUCUGGGAUCUGCUGACUAUCCACUUUUAGAGCUGCGCCAAAUAAAAGAAAACGUCCUUAAGGGAUUUGGAUUUAAUCAACGAAGCUCUCUCAGCCGCAGCACAGCAAACUGCAAGAACCCUCCGUCGAAACUAUGUUUUCCGUAUUCGCCGCCGCUGAGACAGGCAUCUUCUGGGACCUGGAUGCUUGCCCAAUCCCGGUGCAUCUCACUCCCGCGUCGAUCUCUGAUAGUUUCAAAUUAUGUCUCGGGAAUAGGGGUCUCCGUUGUAAGAAGAUGUCAAUCGUUGCUUAUUCAAUUGAGAUGGUGGAGAACGCACAAGACUUUGAAUCCGCCAAUAUCAAGCUUUUGCAAAAAGCUGAGAAAAAGCAUCAUGAGAUCCUUGUUGACGUUUAUGAUUGGAUAUUGAGUCAUCGUGGUCACCUAGCAAAUUUGAUGGUAAUCUCAGAUUUCGCCCAUACCUAUCUUAGGUACGAUACCUUUAAAGACCUCGGAGAGAAUGUUCUCUUGGCAUUUCCCGAUGACACAAUUGGAUGCCCAUGGCCACUUGGUAUUCCAAGUUCAGUUUGGCUCUGGUCUAGCCUUUCUUCUGGAGGGAGCCCUCUGAAUAUCCAGCAAAUCGGAAUCGCACAAGUUGGAAGUACGUCUCUUCUUCGUGACCUUGGAAAGAAAGCAACCACUCUGAAGAACCAAAUCGAAAUCCCACAAGUUGGAAGAAGUGACGAUACGUCACCUCUUCGUGACUCUACGACGACGGAGCAGAAGAAGCUUGGAAAGAAAGAAAAAGCUCUGAAAGUUUGAUGCUGUUUUUAUAAUUUAGGAAGUUUUACUAUAUAUAUAACCUUGUGGACUAUUUGCAUGAUGGCUUAUCCUCUGUUUCCUUUCUCAUCGUAUGUAUUCUCGAACAGAAGUUUCUACCUUUAUGUCGUGUUUCAAGUUCA